AAGCGCGGCGCGUUUAACUGUAGAAGUCGAAACUUAAAAAGCUAUUUUGGAACUUCACUAGAAACCAGAGAAAUACAGAGUUUGGGGAAUCAGGGAAACGGUAACAAGGAACUCUUUAAGAAAAGCAGGCUGCUUCCUAGAAAUGGAAUUUCCAGAUUUGGGGAAACACUGCUCUGAGAAGACCUGCAAGCAGCUAGACUUUCUGCCUCUGAAAUGUGAUGCAUGUGGUGAGGUCUUCUGCAAAGACCACUUUGCGUAUAACCGGCACAGGUGUUCCUCUGCAUACAAGAAGGAUGUGCAAGUUCCAGUCUGUCCUCUCUGUAACACUCCCAUCCCAGUAAAGAAGGGAGAGCUGCCGGAUGCUGUCGUUUGUGCCCACAUGGACAGAGACUGCAAGCGUGAUUCUGCUCAACAGAAGCAAAAGAUCUUCACAAACAAGUGCUUCCAGCCAGGUUGCAAAAAGAGGGAGAUGAUGAAGCUGGUUUGCGACCAGUGCCAGGGGAACUUCUGUCUGAAACACAGACAUCCUCUGGACCAUGCCUGCAAAGGACAAGCCCGGGCCAUUUCCAAAGCUGGAUGUGCUGCUCUGAUGAGAUCGCUGGAAUCGAACAAGAUGUCUCUCAACCACCAGGUUCUGCGGAACAGCUGCAAAGCAAAAAGCUGAAGUUUUCACAGCCUGGGUCCAAAACUGCCUUGUCCUGUUGACUGCUGUACAGAUUUAGCUCUUAAAACUUCUGCAUAUUUUCUACAUUACUUUUAUAUGUCUAUUUCUUCAAUAAAAACCGAUGUCUUUACAAAUAG